GCCCCUCGCUAGAGGAGAACUCCUUGGGGCGUGCAAACGGGAUCCUGCGAAUGUUGACAUUAAAGGAAUACGCAAAUUCAGCGUCGUGGUCCCCGCAGCUUACCCGCACCUAUUUUUAUACCUAAGCCAAGAGGAUGGCAUUCCCUGUGGAUAUGCUGGAUAAUUGCAGUCAUGAGGAAAUGGAAAAUUCUGCUGAAGAUUACAUGUCAGAUCUCAGGUGUGGGGACCCUGAAAAUCCUGAAUGUUUUUCUCUUCUCAAUAUUACGGUUCCUAUUAGCCUGUCAAAUGUAGGCUAUGUACCUCUCUAUGGUGGAGAUCAGACCCAGAAAGUUCUUGCUCUUUUUGCACCCGAGGACUCACUCACAGCUGUGGCACUUUACCUUGCUGAUCAGUGGUGGGCUAUUGAUGAUAUUGUGAAAACAUCUGUCCCUUCUAGAGAGGGACUUAAGCAGGUGAGAACUCUUGGGGAGAGAGUGGUUCUGUAUGUUCUGAAUCGAAUUAUUUAUAGAAAGCAGGAAAUGGAGAGAAAUGAGAUCCCAUUCCUGUGUCAUAGCAGUACUGAUUAUGCUAAGAUUCUGUGGAAGAAAGGAGAGGCCAUUGGGUUUUAUUCAGUUAAGCCUACAGGAAGUAUAUGUGCCUCGUUUCUUACCCAAAGCUACCAACUGCCAGUUCUUGAUACAAUGUUCGUAAGAAAGAAAUAUAGAGGCAAAGACUUUGGGCUUCAUAUGCUGGAGGACUUUGUUGAUUCCUUUACAGAAGAUGCACUUGGCUUGCGGUAUCCACUGACCUCUCUCAUGUACAUAGCUUGCAACCAGUACUUUGAAAAAUAUCCAGGAGACCAUGAACUGCUUUGGGAAGUUGAAGGUGUUGGACACUGGUACCAGAGAAUACCAAUCACCAGAGCAUUACAAAGAGAAACAUUUAAAAUUACGGCAGUUUCUCAAAAUGAAGCUAAAAGACCUGUGUCUGGAGAAUACGGUCUUGGAUCUGUUCCAGACUAUGAAGCAGGAGCUGAAGACAGUCUGUCUAGUGAGAUGCAGCUAACUAUUGAUUCUCUAAAAGAUGCCUUUGCAAGUACUUCUGAAGGUCACGGUAAAACACCUGUUUCCACUCGUACUCGAAGUAGUCAUCUAAAGCGGCCAAAGAUUGGAAAACGGUUUCAGGAUUCUGAAUUUAGUAGCUCUCAAGGGGAAGAUGAAAAGACUCCCCAGACUUCACCCACAGCUUCAGUGAACAAAUUGGAGUCUACUGCGCGAACAUCAGAGAGCUCAGAAGAAUUCUUGGAAGAAGAACCUGAACAGAGUGUGAUUGAAUUUGAGGAUGAAAGUAGUGAUAAAAAUGUUCGACCAGCACCAGAAACCCAGCCAGGCCUGGAAAAGCAAGAAGGUGAAAAGGAAUCUGAAUCAGAGCCUAUGAAUGGUGAGAUAAUGGAUGAUACUCUUAAGACUUCACUUAUAACAGAAGAGGAGGACUCCACUAGCGAAGUUUUAGGUGAAGAAUUAAAAUUGCAGUCUUUUAAUUCCAGUGAAGACUCUACAAAUCUUGUUCCACUGGUGGUAGAAUCUGCAAAAUCUCCUGAGGCUGUUGCACAGGAUAAGACUUCACAUGUAACUGACUCAGAAAUGUUGCUAGAUGAAGGCCCAUCUGAUGACAAGGGGCACACUGAAGAGAGGCUGCCUCUAGUUUCAAGAAAGAAAGCACAUUUUGGGAGUUCAGACAAUGUGGCUACUAUCCCAAAUGAAGAACGGGCCGACAGUGGUUUUCCAAACUCCGUGAUAACUGAAUUUUCUGAAGAAUCGAUUCCUGAAAAUGUAUCACCCAACACUACUGCCUCAUUGGAAGACCAGGGUGAGGAGGGGGUAGCUGAGCCCCAGGAGACAUCUCCAGCUCUUCCUCAGAGCUCUUUAAUAGAGGUUGAACUUGAAGAUGUGCCAUUUUCACAGAAUGCAGGACAGAAGAACCAGUCAGAGGAGCAGUCUGAAGCAUCUUCUGAGCAACUGGAUCAGUUGACACAAUCAACAGAGAAGACUGUGGAUAGCAGCUCAGAGGAGAUAGAAGUGGAAGUGCCUGUGGUCGACAGGCGGAAUUUAAGAAGAAAGGCCAAAGGGCACAAAGGACCUGCGAAGAAGAAAGCCAAGCUGACCUGAAUGAGGAAGAAAUGUGGAUGAUAAAUCCUCUUCUUUGUAACAUAAUUGUUGUUUUUAAAAUAUGGCAGUGAAUAAAUAAUAGCAUGGGGCACAGGACAAAAACUCCAAAUUUUCAAUUUGAACUUAUUUAUGAUGCUGCUUUUCCCUCCCCUGUAGGACCAAGGAUUCACCGUUCUUUUUAAUUUUUCAGGCUAUUUUGUGUAAAUAAAAUUUUUUUUAUUUUUAUUAACCAUGUUUCGAUUUUGUGAAACCAGAUCUCACUAUAUUUUCUUUAGCAGUUGGGGAUAUCUGACCAUUAAUAUUUCAGAAAAUAUAAAUUAAAAAAUGUGAAAGUAGUAG